AUGACAGGACAACCAAGCGCAAUGGAGGCCAAGGAGUCAUCAGAGACGUCGGAUGGAUACGUAAACGGUGAAGAUUCGCAGCAGGUACAGGGCGGUGACUCGUCCAAGAGGAAGUACUCGAGAAACGGUUGUACUGAGUGCAAGAAGCGCCGGAUGAAGUGUGACGAGACCAAGCCGAGCUGCUGGCAGUGCUCCAGACUGGGAAGGGAGUGUAUCUACAUCAUGAACAGGAAGAACAAGAAGCGUCGGUCGAAGGAGGAGAUUGAGCGGGAGAAGCUGAACAAGGCAACCAGAUCCAAGGCACAGAGAAGAAGCGAUGAACCAGACCCGCAAUCAGAGGCACAGGGGACGCAGUUUUCGUUUUCAUUCAACGAUGCCAAUCUGGUGUAUAAUGACCUUAGUGAUCUUGUGAACUGGAGGUUAGAAGAGGCGCUGACGCCGAACCUGAAGACAUAUAUCGAGGAGUCUUCGAACCCGUUCAAUACUGAGCUCUCAACUCACAACCUCCCGCUCACCACUGAUGAUACGGAUAUGAUCUUUGACAUUCCAUUGGAGAUGUUCAACCUCGGUGAACCACAUAGCGAGUACCUAAAGAGGUAUUACAACGAAUUCUUCACUCUGGUGUGCCCCUUCACUCCGAAUGUGAACAGCAACCCAAUGAGAGAUGUGCUGUUCAACUAUGCCAGACGUGAGACCUACCUCCUCUAUGCCAUUCUCGCAUGUGGAGCCAUGACGCAGCAUAGACAGACACAGCAGAUAAGAGAUGACCAAGCGUACUGCUCGUACUUAUCGACAUGUCUCAACAUUCUAAGUGAUAACUUUGAAGAUGAAACCCUGAUACAGGUGAAGGUGGAGCCAAUGCUACUCACCAUUUUGCUAUUGACAACAGAUUGUGCUUCUAACAAGAAUCCAAGAUGGAGAGCACACUUGAAAGGUGCAAAGGAGCUACUCAAGAAGACAACGGUACAGAGCGACACUCUAAACUUCUGUCGUAACUGGCUAACCUCUUAUGAAAUACUAGCAGGCAUUACUAACCCAUAUGGUGGUAUCUUCCAAGCAGACGGCGAAGAGCUUUCAAGAUUCAUAACAAACGAUGAAUUGUAUCUCAACUCCUUGAAAAGGCUCAAUAUGAUUGACGUUCAUGGGUUCAAUUACCUCGAUGGCCAUAUCAUUCAAUUGGACAUUGCAUUUAGAGAUAUAAUUCGAAUCAUGAAUAAGAUUCGUUUACUAGAGAACAACGGGUUGAUCCAAGGUAAGACCCAUCUAAAUAGUGACAUUGUUCCUCCUGUAUUGACAUUGACAGAAUGGCAUUCCAUUUCGAAUCAGUUGGAUAAUUUAGAGGAGAUGUUCAUCAUUGAUAAGUCAGGAAUUAUACCACCUUCAAAUCCAAAUCAUCCAUCACAUAACCGGGUCAAGGGAUUUGAUGCCAUUGAUACCGUGAGGUUUCCGUCAGGCGAUGAAAUAACACUCAGUUGGUUUGACAUUGCACAUCAGACACAUAUAAUUGCAGCACGUGUGGUUUUCCUUAAUAGAGUGUUGCUAUUUGAAAAGAAUUCGAUAUUCAUUCAAGAGUUGGUUAAGAAGGCCUUACGUUAUUUGGAAUUUUUAAGGAUUCAACCCAAUUACAGAAACUGCUGCAUGACACAUUUACACAUGUUGAUUAGUGUGAUCGGAGGAUUGUGUCUUGAUGAAAAGGAUAGACAAUUGGUGGAGAUAUUUUUGAAAGCGUGUUACAAUCUUGGGCUUGCCAGUGCAGGUCAUAAUCUUGAGAGGAUCCAACGUAUUUGGAGAAAUGAAGUUCAAAGUGGCGAAGAAGACGACGUAUUGACAUGGUGA